UCAAUUAAAAAACAAAAUCCUCACAUUAUAUCUCCCUUGUUUUCUGCUUUUCGUUUCCCACACCACUCCUCCUUCAUCUCUCUCUCUCAAUUCAGUUCGAGUUGUAGUAAAUCAUGUGAAACCAACUCCAAUAAGCCUAAUCCAGUUGAAUCCUCAACAGAAAUACGAGCGAUGGAAGUUGCGAGAAUCAAGCAAUUGAUGCUCCUCCGCUGUAGAAGCCAAAGCAACCGUGUAGCUCUCGUGGGUGAUGGACAAAUCGGGCCGGGCCCGACGGAUUAAGAGCGGAGGAAGCGACAUUGACGAGCCGGAUGAGUUCGAAACUGAGAUGAAUUACGACGCCGUUUUCGUCGUUAGGCUUCCGGAUUCACGAUCCCUGCGUGUGGUGUCGAGAUCGCUGUUCCUCGCGGUCGUUCUCCUCUCGCUGCCCUCGAUCGGCUCGAUUAUCCGAGCGGCUUCAAAUGAAGGAGUUAUUUCCGAUUGGAUCGAGAAUCUGCCGCUUCUCCUCCGCGACUUGGAGGAUGAAGGCCUCCUCGCGGAGGGGCACAGAGGCUUCGUCGCCGCCGCCGAUGAAGUCGAUUUCGCCUUCCUGAGAAACGCCGGCGUCGAUUUUAGUGUGAAAGCGGAUGCACACCAGGUGUUCGAUUAUAUUUACGCGCCGAAUUUCAGCGGGAUCGAGCUGGUGGAAGAUGCCAUCCACGGCGGGGGUUUGGCGAUCGCGCCUCUCGGCGGCGACAUCUCGGCGGAGAUCCGGCUGCUGCGUGAUUUCAAAAUCGUGUACCUCCGGCGAAUUAACGGCAACACGGUGGUUGCCAUGAGGAAAAAUUCGGCUGCGGUUAGGUAUUCCGGCGGCCGGAGGGGAGUGAUUUGCAGCGGCAUUGGUGGUGGUAGGAAGAAGGAAGCUGCAUUGAAGGGAUUGGACCUCGAGCCUCCACGGGCGGAGAGGGAAUCGAGGUUCAAUUACUUGCCGGAUUUGAUGGAGGAUCCGCUGGAUGGGUAUCGGAGGCGGGUGUUCGUUGCGGAUGAGGACGGGGCGGUGGAUUGGUUCUACAAGAAUUAUCCGAUGCGGGGGCAGGAGUUCGAAGUGUAUGGCAUGGAGGGGGAAUGGGAUUGGGGGGCGGAGGAUUUCGUGGUGGUGAAGGCGGAGGCGAGGGCGGCGGAGAGGAUGCUGAGGGAGAAGACGAUUUGUGUGGUGGAUGAGUUGUUCUUGGAUUGUAGAGAGGAGGAGGAAGGGAGGGCUUUUUGGAAGUGUGUGGAGUUGUAUGGGAAGAUUAGGAGUGAGGGGAUUGCUGUUCAUCAAUGGUGGUUUUGAAUUAGAUUGGAUUGACCCACCCAACUCGAAAGUAUCCAUUUUGGGAACGUUCAAAUCGUGGAGAAAUGAUCGAAUAGUUUCUGGGGGAGCUAUAGUCGAAUAAAUCCUCAACAACUUGUUUACUUAUGAGUAUGAAUGUAUUUGUUUGAUUUUAAUGUUUGUGGCUUUUAUAUAGAUAGCUAUGUAUUUCUCCUUGUUUAUUA